CAGACACACGCACACAUUUCCAUCGAGGCAUCGAGCCAUCCCUCGCCGCUCGCCAAACGAAACGGAGACUGACUUUUGUCGAGAAUCGAGAUUCAUUUGAGGGCUUCUGGGCUUGUUACUGGAACAAGAACAACACAGAUACAUAUGACAUAUUGACAUGGCCCCCCAUCAUGCAUAAAAUAAUGGGAUUACAGAAAAAAAGUGUCUAGUACUCUAUUCUAGUUUAAUAUUACCAUGAUAUGAGCUUUCUUAUCUAAUCUCUCUGUGCAGUUUAUCACGCUCCCUUUUUUUUUCCACUUUGUUCCCCUGUUUUCUUUUGUUUUUCCUUUUUUUUUUCCCUGUUCUCAACUUUUUGGAAUGAUUUUUUGCCCAUUUUUUGAUUAAAAAAAAAAAAAAACUUAAAGAAUCAUUAACCAGGAGUGUGAGCGAGCGAGCGAGAACCUAUCACUUAGACAGGAGGGACCUGGGGAGAGGUGGUUCUGUUCUCCGCUCUCCAUCUCUGGAUGUCUGCAUCACCUUCCUUCCCCGCCCUCUCCUCUCUUCCCUUCUUUCUCUUCCGAUAACCAAAAACCGAAAACCCCAUCCUACCUAGAAAAAUAAUACAUUACUGUCAGCACCAUUUCAUGGUUUACAUGUAUUAGCACAACCCCAUUUUCCCAAAAUCUCCACUUCAUUUAACAAGGAAGCGUUGGUUUUGUAUCACACAUUCUCCUCAUAUCAUCAUCCAAUAUGCCGCUUAAUACCUGCAUUCUCCUAAUUUGCUUAUUAAGCGCCUUUCCACCCCUUAUCAGAGCUACCCUCAAUCUCACCCUUCCCCAUCAACAUCCCGAUCCCGAAGCGGUUGUUCAAGAUGUACAACGGAGAGUCAAUGUGUCCGUGUCGAGGCGGCAAAUGCUGGGGGUUUGGGAGAAAGGCCAGUCGUCUUGUCUCACUGGAAACCCUAUCGACGACUGCUGGAGGUGCGACCCGAACUGGCAGGCGAACCGCCAACGGUUAGCCGAUUGCGGGAUCGGGUUCGGCCGAGACGCACUGGGCGGGAAGGGCGGUCAGAUCUAUGUGGUCACGGAUUCGUCCGACCGUGACCCAGUCAACCCUACGCCGGGAACGCUACGAUACGCAGUGAUCCAAAACGAACCCCUCUGGAUUGUGUUCUCGGGCAACAUGAUGAUAAGGCUGAAGCAGGAGCUCAUCGUGAACAGCUUCAAGACCAUCGACGGCCGCGGCGCCAACGUCCACAUCGUGGGCGGCGGAUGCAUCACCAUCCAGUACGUUAGCAACAUCAUCAUCCACAACAUCCACAUUCACCACUGCGUCCCCUCCGGUGAGGCUAACGUGCGCUCUAGCCCGACACAUUACGGCUGGCGCACGAAAUCGGACGGCGACGGUAUCUCCAUCUUCGGGUCGAGGAAGAUAUGGAUCGAUCAUUGCUCGCUGUCCUACUGCACGGAUGGUCUGAUUGAUGCCAUAAUGGGGUCCACCGGGAUUACCAUAUCCAACAACUAUUUUUCCCAUCACAAUGAUGUAAUGCUGCUUGGACACAACGACGAGUAUCCGCUGGAUAUCGGGAUGCAAGUGACCAUUGCGUUCAAUCACUUCGGUGAGGGGCUCGUACAGAGGAUGCCCAGGUGUAGGCGUGGCUACAUCCACAUCGUUAACAACGAUUUCACUCAGUGGCAGAUGUACGCAAUCGGCGGUAGUGCCAAUCCCACCAUCAACAGUCAGGGCAACCGCUACAUUGCGCCGUCGAACCCGGAUGCCAAGGAGGUGACAAAGCGGGUGGAUACGGGAGAGGGCGAGUGGACGAGUUGGAACUGGAGGACGGAGGGCGACAUAAUGGUAAAUGGAGCGUUCUUCGUGCCAUCCGGGGAGGGUCUAGGGGUGAAGUACGCCAAGGCGUCGAGUGUGGAGCCCAAAUCGGCUGGGCUCAUUGACCAGUUAACCAUGAAUGCCGGUGCCUUUGGGGGAAGCAGGGACGACACCGGCGGUAUGACGUACCCGGGUUUCAACGGUGGUGGGUCCGGCAGCGGCAGCGGCGUGGCUGUGGGAUCGGGUUCUGCCGGUGGUGGUGAUGCAGACAUAUUCGGGAUGAUCUUCGGGGGUGGGCGGAGCGGGAGCGGGAGCGGCGCGCCACCGCCACCAUCCAUAUUGUUAUUGUGUUAUCUUUCUUCUUUGCUAUUAUUUCUGUAUCUGAUUUCCGCCACCACCUCAUUAUAAGGACAAAGUUAUAGGGUAGUAGUAAAUUAUUAGUGGAAGGCCUUCAAAAAAAAUUAUUAGUGAAAGAAAAAAAAUUACAUAUCCCCUCUCCUGUCUUGACUCUUGAGUGUUGAAGCUUUGAUCAGUUAGUUUAGUUAUCCAUUUCAUUCUCAUC